UGGGAUCAGUCCAACGCUAACCGUGCCAUCGAGAGGAAGUGGAUUACCAGAGUGAAGUGUGUUGAAACUACUGCGGAAACCAAAUCGAACCCGAGUCGAAUUGAUCCUAGGCUUAUCACGUAUACGCCCGGUAACACAGCCGAAUAUUCAAACAUGUCGCUGAGAAUGAGCUUUUUGGGCUGCCUGCUGGUGGCCAGCACAAUCCUAGUGCUGCAAGUACAGGCAAAUGUCGAGACAAACGAAGUGGACCAACCCGAUACGUACAUGCUGCAGGGCGUGCAUGUGUAUCCCAAUGAUCGGCAGUGCGUUCUGGUGGGCGGACUGUGUGUGAAGACGGACGACUGCAUCGAGCCCACCUCGAACAAAGGAUUGUGUCCCUCGAGUGCCGGACUUGGCGUGGAGUGCUGCUAUGAACUGCCGGUUAGACCAGCGCCCUGCGCGGAACACUUGGGACAGUGCAUGGACCGAUGCCACCAGAGGCUCCUGCGACCCGGCACCGAUUGCGAGAAUGGCCAAGUCUGCUGUGUCCUGAUUUAGUUAUACUUAACCACACAACACACAUACCCAUGCUGAGAGAAAGCAUCGCCAAAUUGUUCAUGAUUCAUAGAAAAAUAGCCUCCAUUUUGGCCCAAUCACCAUGACAUUUCACAUACCAUAAGGGUAUAAGUCAGGGUUGUGUAAAUUUACUUUUACUGUCAAAUGGUUUUUUGCCAAAAUUUCUUCUUGCAAUCAUUUUUAUUUAUUUUUUUAACUUAAUUCGAUUGUAAUUUUACACUUAUACGCUUUUAAGAGUAUUUCAUUUUAUUAAGAAAUCCCAUUUUAGGAAAAAAUAUUUUUGAAUUGAGCCUAGUGUUUUUUUGUCAAUUUAAUUAUGCUUGAAAUUAAAAUUAAUCGCAAAAACUAAUAUGAAGCAGUUUGGAACUAAUAUGGUUAUGUGUUUUCUCAGUAUACACACAAAAACACCCACACACACCGUACAUAAACAUGUAUUUAUUAAACUAUAUGUAUAUUAAUUAUAUUGUACGAAUACUUUUGUAUGACAUCUUAAGAACCCCCCAAAUCUCCCGACAAAGUGAAAUAUUUGACUGCUUCCAAUAAAUGCAUUGUAAAUAUUUUCCAAA